AUGUGUUUUAUUACAAUACACUUAAAAAAAAAAAAAAAAGGAACAAUGAAAUUAUAUAUAUUAUAUCUUCUCCUUUUUUUAGUAAAUUGUUCAGAAAAUUUAAUGUAUGAAAAAAUUAAAAAAAUUGUAAAUGAGGUUGACAAAUGUUCACUAGAAGAUGUAGAAUUCAUGGAUGAUUACACCCUAAAAUUAUAUUGGAUAUGGAUUAAUAAUUUUUUUAAAUAUUUAAGAGUUAAGACUUAUAUAUAUGAAAAUGAUGAUAUUUAUAAGCAUAUCAUUAAAAAACAUAAGAAUAUGUUAGAAGAAUUUAAAGAUAAUUUUAUUUAUUAUAAUGAUAGAUCUGAAUUUAUAAAAAAUGCCUUAAAUAUUCUUUCAAACGAGAAAACAUUAAGAAAAAUGAUAGAUUUACAUGUACCAAUAAAACAAAUAAAAUUUUUUCAAGAUUUAACAGAAAUCACAUUACUAAAUAUUUUUUUAGAAGAAAAAAGUAACUUAAUAAAUUCAUAUAAAAAAUAUAUAAUGUUUGAAGAGCUUCGCGAUGUUGCUAAUUCUAAAUAUUAUUAUCAUAAAAAAUUAUUAGAAAAUAAAUGGGAAUCCAAAAAUGAUGAUACUUUAUUUAUUGAUAAAAAAAAAAAAUAUAAUAAUGAUAAUGACAACAUAAAUAAUAAGCAAUUAAAAAAUGUUAUUACUCUUAAUAUUAAUGAAAUCCCCUAUGUUAAAGAAAUGCAAUUUGAUUAUUAUGAUAAUAAGAAAUGGGAUAAAUAUUUGUAUUAUGAAUUUAACGAUCCAACAACAGAUUCACCAAAUUAA